GCACCCAGAUCCUCGCCGACUAUGGUGCCGACGUGAUAAAAGUUGAGCAACCGGGAAAAGGGGUUUGUUCUCCCCUCUGCAUUCAGGUCUUUCACAUAAAAAGCUCGUAGUGCCGUGUCCUGACCAAUGGACAAUCCCAAGUUAGGACGAAACGAGAUACUGGCGGAUUCAUGGCGAGAGCGAAAAGUGGAAGGAAGAAGGUAUAUCGUGCUAUUUUGCUUGCGUCAACAGGAACAAGCGCGCCAUAACGCUGGAUUUGAAAAGUGAGAAGGGAAGAGAGAUUUUGUUGGAUCUUGUGAAGAAGGUUGACGUGAUGUGAGUACUGCAGCCUUGCUGAGCGCAUAGUUAAGGUCCUCACAGCCUCUCAGCGUUGACAAUUUCGUCCCGGGGAAGAUGGACCAGCUCGGAAUCGGGUACGAUACUCUUUCGAAAGUAAACCCAUCCAUCAUCCACGCGAGCAUUUCGGGUGAGUAGGGAUAAGCGACGGCAAAGACCAAGGAAGAUGCUGAUAGACUUAGGCUACGGAGCUGGAGGACCAUACUCCAAACGCGCAGGGUACGAUAUAAUCGCCGCGGCUGAAGGAGGGCUGCUUCAUGUGACGGGAGAAGCUCAAGGUCCUCCGACAAAGCCAGGUGUGGGACUUACAGAUCUCUGCACCGGGCUUUUCAUGCACGGUGCCAUUGUAUCCGCCUUGCAUGCGCGAAACAGGACAGGAAAAGGCCAGAAGGUUGACGGCUCCCUAUUUGAAACCCAGCUGGCCCUGAUGGUCAACAUAGCCUCAGUUUGGCUCAACAUGGGCCGCGAAGCGAAGAGAUGGGGAACGGCGCAUCCCAGCAUUGUUCCAUAUGAGGCGUUUCCUACCAAAGAUUCCUAUCUUGUCAUGGGUGCAACGAACAACCGGCAACUUGCCAUAUUAGCAGAGCGCCUGGGCCAGCCAGAUCUCGCACGGGACGAAAGGUUCCGAACGAAUGACGCCCGUAUCGAGAAUCGUGUAGAGCUGAAUAAGAUCCUACACGAGCUGUUUCAAACAAGGACCACUGAUGAAUGGUUAACAGUGUUCGAAAACAGUGGUAUGCCAUAUGGGCCGAUCAACUCGAUAGAGAAAGCGUUUAGCCACGCGCAAGCGCAGGCCAGAGACAUGGUACACACGCUGCAGAUGGAUUCUGCAGCAGACGGAGAGUUCAAGGUCACAGGGUUCCCGGUCAAGUUCAGUGAAUCGAAGCCGUCGGUUCGAAUCAAUCCGCCCCUCCUCGGUCAGCAUACAGAGGAGGUCCUUGCGGAACUUGGUAUCACCGGAAAGAAGGUCGACGAACUUCGGCGGCAGGGUGUGGUUUAG